AUGAAUAACCAACCUGUAGAUAAAAAAUACCUCGAGAAUAAUCAGUACUCGGAUGAAGGAAUAAAAUCCUACGAAUUUAUAUUUGGAGAAGAUUAUAUUUCCUCGGGGGGUAUAUCUGCAACAACCAAAAUUUUGAGCGACAUACACUUAGAUGAAAAUUCGAAAGUUUUGGACAUCGGAUCGGGAUUAGGAGGAGGAUGUAAAUACAUAAAUAACAAAUACGGGUCAUAUGUUUAUGGAGUGGACAUUUGUGAAAAUUUGGUUUCAAUAGCUAGGACAAGGAACAAAGAAAAGCCUAAAAUCGAAUUUGAAGCUAUUGAUAUAUUAAAGAAAGAAUUUCCUUUAAACCACUUCGAUAUGAUAUAUAGCAGAGAUUCUAUUUUGCAUUUAUCUGUAGAAGAUAAAAAGAAGUUAUUUGAAAAAUGCUAUUUAUGGUUAAAACCAAAUGGGGUACUUUUAAUAACUGAUUACUGUGCUGACAAAGAAGAAAAUUGGGAUGAAGAAUUUAAAGAAUAUGUUAAAAAAAGAAAGUAUGCAUUAAUUACUACUGAGGAGUAUGGUCAACUAUUAUCAUUUUGCAAUUUUAAAAAUGUUGAAGCCAAAAAUAUUAGUGACUAUUGGUUGCAGUUACUCGAAAUGGAAGUUAACAGGUUGGAACAAAAAAAAGAAGAAUUCACAAGUAAAUAUUCAACAAAAGAAUAUGAGUCUUUAAUAAAUGGAUGGAAUAGAAAAAUUAGGGACACGAAAAGGAACCUACAAGUGUGGGGAUAUUUUAAAGCAUACAAGAUUUAA